AUGACUCUUGGUGAGCGUAAGGUAAUGGGCGCUAUGCAGCGGCGUGUUGGUCCUAAUGUCGUCGGUGUAUACGGGGUCUUGCAACCAUUUAGCGACGGGUUGAAGCUCCUUCUCAAGGAGUCGAUUUUUCCUACCCGAGCCAACAGAGCACUUUUCAUCUUGGCCCCUACCAUAACCCUUACGUUAAGCAUCCUGAGCUGGGCCGUGAUACCCUUUGCCAAGGGGACAUCCCUUGGUGAUCUCACCCUUGGUCUCCUAUUCCUCCUGGCCGUUUCCUCUUUAAGUGUUUAUGGGGUCCUGCUUGCUGGUUGGUCUGCUAACUCUAAAUACGCUUUCCUUGGUUCCUUAAGAUCGACGGCGCAAUUUGUGAGUUAUGAGCUGCCACUUGCUAUGGUUGUUCUAGUCAUCAUCGCGGCCUCUGGCUCGCUUAGCCUGACUGUUAUAGUCGAGAGCCAACAAGGGAUCUGGUAUGUAAUCCCUCUAUUACCCCUCUCACUUCUAUGGAUCAUAGUCAUAUUAGCUGAAACGAACCGCCCACCUUUCGACUUGCCUGAGGCAGAAUAA